GCCAACUUGCCAGAGGAGGGGACUGGCUUCUACGCAGCUGCUUCCGCCGCCGGCUUCUGCCUGACCCGGGAGUGGAUCUGCUGCUGACUGGCGGCGCCGGGGAAGCAGCAGCAACAGCAGCAGCGCCAGCAGCUCCAAGGAUGAUCUCCCCGCGGGAUCGAGGCGGGGAGGUGGCCCGAUUCUACACGGUCACCGAGCCCAAACGCCAUCCUCGGGGAUACACCCUCUAUAAGGUCACCGCGCGGAUUGUUUCACGAAGAAAUCCAGAAGAUGUCCAGGAGAUAGUCGUUUGGAAGAGAUACAGUGACUUUAAGAAAUUGCACAAAGAACUUUGGCAGAUUCAUAAACACUUAUUCAGACAUACAGAAUUGUUUCCUCCUUUUGCUAAAGCAAUAGUAUUUGGGCGGUUUGAUGAAAGUGUAAUUGAAGAGAGACGGCAGUGUGCAGAAGAUUUGCUGCAGUUUUCUGCCAAUAUCCCCGCACUCUAUAAUAGCAAGCAACUUGAAGAUUUCUUUAAGGAUGGAGAGGUGCAUGAUGGGUCUGAAUUGAUUGGACCUGCAGACCCUUCAUGGGAUUCCUUGACUGACAGUGUGUCUGUCUGCAGUUCUGAAGCUCACAGAGAUGUCAGUGGCAUUGAUGACGUAACAUUUAGCCAAUCAGAAUGUGGAGGUUUCUCCAGUGACAGCGACCUGAUCCCUUUGACAGUUGAUGUGGACUCUCUUGCUGGACUAGAUGAUGGAAUGGCAUCUAAUCAGAAUUCCCCCAAUAGAUUGUUUGCCCUCAGCUUUGCUGCUGAACUUUCAGCCCAGUCCUCUGCUGCUUCAGAUCAUGAAUGGAGCAAACCCGAUGGUGAGAGAGAGAGCCGGGGCCUGUUUACUGGGAGCUUAAAGGCCAAACUUGGCAGGCGAGAUUACCUGGAGAAAGCUGGGGAGCUGAUCAAGUUGGCUUUGAAGAAGGAGGAAGAGGAAGAUUAUGAAGCUGCUUAUGGUUUUUAUAGAAAAGGGGUUGAUCUGCUCUUGGAAGGAGUUCAAGGGGAGUCGAGUCCAACCCGCCGUGAAGCAGUGAAGAGAAAGACCUCGGAAUAUCUCAUGAGAGCAGAAAAAAUUUCCAGCCUUUAUUGUAGACCCGUAUCAGAAGAUGGAUCAGUUUGUGGGCCUCCAGGAUCACUAAGUUCAAGGCCCUCUUGGAACCUAAGGAGCCCUGCCGAGGAACUGAAGGCCUUUAGAGUCCUUGGGGUGAUUGACAAGGUAUUACUGGUAAUGGACACUAGAACACAGCAGACAUUUAUACUGAAGGGUCUAAGGAAAAGUAGCGAGUACAGCAGGAAGAGAAAGACCAUCAUCCCCCGCUGUGUGCCCAACAUGGUGGCUCUGCACAAGUACAUCAUCUCUGAGGAAUCGGUAUUCCUUGUGCUACACCAUGCAGAAGGUGGCAAACUCUGGUCUUACAUCAGUAAAUUCCUGAACAGAAGCCCUGAGGAAAGCUUUGAAGCUGCUAAAUCCAGACGAUCCAGUUCUACCAAAAUACAUUUGCAUCAGGCAACUCCUAGUGUUCAAGACCAUAGUAGCAGCAUUGACUCCAGAGGAAGCAGCGGAGGGAAUUUGCUUCAAGUUGUGCCGCUGAAGACCAGUCUCAGUCCAAGUUCUCAUAGUAGUAAUCUGGAAGAUGGUCAGGAAAGUUCUCCCAAAUGGAUUGAUUCGGUGUCUAGUUCAGAUGAAGAAUGCACUACAAGUUAUCUAACGUUAUGCAACGAGUAUGGUCAAGAAAAGGUUGAUCCUGGGUCAUUAAAUGAGGAGGCUGUGAAAGCAGAUGAUGAUCUCCUUAUCUGUGAACAAGGAGACUUUCAGGAACAUGAUGUGGUUGCCAGUAGGAACUUGGGAUCCCCAUUUACAUCGCAGGAAGUCAAGCUUUUUGCUGAUGAUGCUGAGCCAGAAAUAACCAGUCCCACUAGGAUCUCAGAAUCACUGAAUAAAUCCAAGAACAGUCCCAUGGAAUUAUUCCGAAUUGACAGCAAAGACAGCACCAGUGAACUUUUGGGUCUUGACUUUGGAGAUAAACUUUACAGCUUAAAAUCAGAACCUUUGAAACAGUUUUUCCCCAUGCCUAGUUGGGAUAGGAGUCUUGAUGCCAUAGAAAACAAACUGGGCCCUACAUCUCAGGAUAACAUAAGUAGGGGUUCCAAUGACUCUGUGCCAGUGAUUUCUUUCAAGGAUGUUGCAUUUGAUGAUGUAAGUAGUGUUGAUGAGGGGAGGCCUGACCUUUUGGUAAACUUGCCGGGCAUCACUGAGCAAAUGACGGAAGCAACAGCAGAUGGGCCUGUGAACCUUACCAAGCCAAACGGAGAUGUUGUGGAGAGUAAACUGUUGGAAACCCCUGACGUUUUGCAAUUACAUAAUAGUACGGAUCCAUGCAGAGCACUAGAGCAAAAGGUAAACUCUUUCGGGGCAGAAGGCCCAAAAGCACAGUGCAGUGAUACUCAAGAAGUUGUCAGGGCAUUCCAUAUGUCUGAGAGUAACUCUGGGGAUGGGGCACUGUCUGAAGGGCUUGGAGCAGCAUCUUCAUCACUAGAUGCGUGCAGGACGAGAGAAACUUUGUUGAUUCCUAACAAGCAAGCCGGUGCUGAGGAGCAGAGCUUCAAUGUGGACAAGGAAGCCGUGCUGCUCUUUUCUGAUGAAACUGAAGACUUGAGCAAUGAGGGAACAGCCCCCACUUUGUUGACUAGAACAGAAAGCAAAGAGUUGGGUGCGAGGGGCAGAGGCGAGAAUGAGAUCCACCAAAUGUUUCAGGACCUUGAUGAGAGAUUAGCGCUAACCUCCCGGUUUUACAUCCCCGAGGGCUGCGUUCAGAGAUGGGCAGCUGAAUUGGUGGUAGCCCUCGAUGCUUUGCAUCAAGAAGGAAUUGUGUGCCGUGAUUUGAACCCAAACAACAUCUUAUUGAAUGAUCGAGGACACAUUCAGCUAACGUAUUUUAGCAGGUGGAGUGAGGUUGAAGAUUCCUGUGACAACGAUGCCAUAGAGAGAAUGUACUGUGCCCCAGAAGUAGGAGCUGUCUUUGAAGAAUCAGAAGCCUGCGAUUGGUGGAGUCUGGGCGCCCUUCUCUUUGAACUCCUUUCAGGGAAGACUCUGAUGGAGUGCCAUCCAGCAGGAAUCAAUACCCACACCACCUUGAACGUACCAGAUCACAUAUCAGAAGAAGCAAGAUCACUCCUUCAGCAGCUUUUGCAGUUUAAUGCUGUGGAGCGUCUUGGUGCUGGAGUUGCUGGAGUUGAAGACAUCAAGUCUCAUCCCUUUUUUGUCUCUAUUGAUUGGGCAGAGCUAAUAAAGUGAGUGGUCCCAGCAAGUCAUCUGCCCAUGUUCAGGCUUUUUGAUGGACACCAUUUCUGGCUUGCCACCAUUUUAAACAGCAGUCGAGUCCUCAGGCAACGAUUCACAAAGGUCAAAACUUGAAAGACAGUGUCAAAAGAAAACAGUUUUGGUCAAAAAUGCUGACUGGAUAAGUUUACUUUCUGUGGCAAGAAGCUGCUAGGUGUAAUUAAGAUAUGAUCUAGAUUGAACUUUAUGAGGUACUGAUUUCAUUACUUGGCCAGACUAGACAUAUUGGUGAUCACAGUUACCAGUAAAAACAAAUGCCUGUCAUCUUUCUAGUGAAUGCAUGACAACUCAUCAUGGAGUCAUAUUACUGGCAGCCAUUUGGGGUCAGAGAGUGCCAAGCGAAAUGCACCAUGACUUUUGGGUGGCAAACAUUCCCAUGUAUCUCUGAUCUGGGAAAGUAUGUAAACAGCAAUGCCCUUUUUAAAAGGGAUGAUAGCAGUGUAAAACUCUUGUUGUACAUAUCAGUUCCUGCCAUACAUGCCAGCUGCAAAUAGCUCCUUAAUAUAGUCGGGGAAUACAUUUCUUUCCUAAGCGAUGUAAAAUUGAAUAAGCAAUGGAGAUGGACGAGGAAUGGGGAGAAAAAUAACUUAUUAAUAACAUAUACUAAAAUACUAUGAUGCUUCGGCCAAACUUGCCAUGUAAUGCAUAUAUCUUCUUGUGGGGAAAACGGAAAGUUUUCUUAUAAUAUUGUGUCAUGUGGCUUUCAAAUGGCUGCAUAUCAUUUAUCAAAAGAUGGAACAGGGCAUCCAGAAUACUGUUAUCUUGCGCUUGCUGGUUAGCAAUAUCUGUUUUAAAGCACUAACUCAAGUGAAUUAGUUUUGUCACUACAAUGAAAUAAGUCUUUUCCCCCUUCCCAAUUAAUAUUGCUUUAGAAAUUUAAUAUGGACCAAGUAAACAGAAUGCUAAGUAAAUGUGUGGAUAUCAAUAUUUUUUUAAAAAAUUGCCACAUUUCUGUGUAGGGAAUUUUAGUGUGGAUCACACAGGGAGGUAAACCCUGGACUAUUGCAGCUUGCAGGUCUUGCAUGUCAAAACCUCCCCGCUCGUGAAAAACUAGCAAAUCAAGCAGAGAUUCUAGUCCAAUUUUCUAUCUGCUAUUCUAAUAUUCUACGUGCUGAGAACUGCAUUUUUAAAUGUGGGAAGCAUUCAUCCAUGCAGUACUUCACAUGCAGUCUGAAAUGGUGCUGGUUUAGGAACUCAGUACCAUGUGACUUGGUUGUAUGUGGUAGACAGAUUUUUAGUUCUAAGAUGUUCUUUUGAAUGUUGCUAGAUUUCACAGCCACCUAUGUUUUCUUUCAGAAAUGGUGUGUGUGUGUGUGUGUGUGUGUGUGUGUGUGUCUGUGUGUCUGUGGUGUUUGUAUUACUGAUGCGAAUCCCUCCUAAGGAGGAGCGAGUCUCCCAAUAAGCAUUUUCAUAGGGCUUAUUGGGGGGCAGGAGAUGGGGGAUCUUAAUUUAAAUUGCUCUUAUCAAGAGACACAGAGUAACCUGGACAAAGAGGAGUGCUUCAUCAUUUGAAUUCCGUUGUGCUUCUCAUGAGCAAGCCCCAACUGAAACAAAUGGGUUGUCUGCAAGAGGAUGGAUGUACUUUUGAAAGAGGCUUGCCACAGAGGCAUUUCAGAUGGAUUCUUCCUCAUACACGCCCAUAUACCACUUCAGCUGUCGUUGACCUAGCCUACUGAGUGGUAGUUGUGCCAUUGGUUCUUAAUGUGUUGGGAAUAAAGAAACUUAGCAGAGCUGAUGUUGAAAAAAAACAGGAUCCCCAAAUUGAUAUUUACUGUAAAAUAAAGAGCUUUUUUAAAAAAAAA